GUGUGGCUGGGCGGGAGGACUCGGUUUCCCGUGAGGCCCCGCGGCCGCGGGCGGUUCCGGCGGGCGCAGGCCGGGAUGGAGGCCGUGCCCCGCAUGCCCAUGAUCUGGCUGGACCUCAAGGAGGCCGGGGAGUUCGCCUUCAACGCCGCCGUCAAGAAGUUUGUCCUGAAGAACUAUGGGGAGAACCCAGAGAAUUACAAUGAGGAGCUGCGGAAGCUGGAGCAGCUGCGUCAGAGCGCUGUCAAUGUCCCCCGGGACUUCGAGGGCUGCAGCACACUGCGCAAAUACUUCGGUCAGCUCCACUACCUGCAGAGCCGCAUCCCCAUGGGCGCGGAGCAGGAGGCAGCGGUGCCCAUCGCGUGGACUGAGAUCUUCUCAGGCAAGACGGUGACACAUGAGGAUAUCAAGUACGAGCAGGCGUGUAUCCUCUACAACCUGGGUGCGCUGCACUCUAUGCUGGGUGCCAUGGACAAGCGAGUGUCUGAGGAGGGCAUGAAGGUUUCCUGCACCCACUUCCAGUGCGCGGCCGGCGCAUUCACAUACCUGCGCGAUCACUUCCCCCACUCCUACAGCGUGGACAUGAGUCACCAGAUCCUCAGCCUCAACAUCAACCUCAUGCUGGGCCAGGCACAGGAGUGUCUCCUGGAGAAAUCCAUGCUGGACAACAGGAAGAGUUUCCUGGUGGCGCGGAUCAGUGCCCAGGUGGUGGAUUACUACAAAGAGGCCUGCCGGGCGCUGGAGAACUCGGAGACGGCCUCGCUGCUGGGCAAGAUCCAGAAGGACUGGAAGAAGCUGGUGCAAAUGAAAAUCUAUUAUUUUGCUGCUGUGGCCCAUCUGCACAUGGGAAAACAGGCUGAGGAGCAGCAGAAGUUUGGGGAAAGGGUCAUCUACUUCCAGAGUGCUCUGGAUAAACUCAACGAAGCGAUCAAGCUGGCGAAGGGCCAGCCAGAAACCGUCCAGGAAGCCCUGAGGUUCACCAUGGAUGUGAUUGGUGGCAAGUACAAUUCAGCCAAGAAGGACAAUGACUUCAUCUACCAUGAGGCUGUGCCUGCGCUGGACACCCUGCAGUCUGUGAAAGGUGCCCCCUUGGUGAAAGCUCUUCCUGUCAACCCCACGGAUCCAGCUGUCACCGGCCCCGAUAUAUUUGCCAAACUGGUGCCCAUGGCUGCUCACGAGGCCUCGUCCCUCUACAGUGAAGAGAAGGCCAAGCUGCUGCGAGACGUGAUGGCAAAGAUCGAAGCCAAGAAUGAAGUGCUGGACCAGUUCAUGGACUCCCUGCAGCUGGACCCCGACACAGUGGACAACCUGGACAUGUACAGCCACAUCCCCCCCGUCCUGAUGGAGAAAUGCGCCGCACUCAGUGUCCGACCCGACACCGUCAAAAACCUCGUCCAGUCCAUGCAGGUGCUCUCCGGGGUCUUCACCGACGUGGAAGCUUCUCUGAAGGAGAUCCGAGACCUCCUGGAGGAGGACGAGGCUCAGGAGCGGAAGCUCCAGGAGCUGCUGGGGAAGGUCCCGGCCCCCCAGGGGUCCCCCCCGCCGCCGUCCCCGGGGCUGGCUGAGGUCAGCAAGGAGUGCGCCAAGUACCUGGAGGUGCACGAGAAGGCCAGUUUCACCAACACCGAGCUCCACAAGGCCAUGAACCUCCACAUCGGCAACCUCCGCCUGCUCAGCGGGCCGCUGGAGCAGGUCCGCGCCGCGCUGCCCUCCCCGGCCUUGACUGAAGAUGACAAGCAGGUGCUGCAGAACCUGAAGCGAAUCCUGGGGAAGGUGCAGGAGAUGCGGGACCAGCGCAUGUCCCUGGAGCAGCAGCUGCGCGAGAUGAUCCAGAAGGACGACAUCACCACCUCCUUGGUCACCACCGACCGCUCCGAGAUGAAGAAACUCUUUGAGGAGCAGCUGAAGAAGUAUGACCAGAUCAAGGUCUACCUGGAGCAGAACCUGGCUGCCCAGGAGAACGUCCUGAAGGCCCUGACAGACGCCAACGUCAAAUACGCGGCCGUUCGCAAGGCUCUGGCUGAGGUGGAGCACAAGUGGAACACAACCGUCCAGACCUUGGUGGCCUCCUACGAAGCCUAUGAGGACCUGAUGAAGAAAUCUCAGGAGGGGAAGGACUUUUACACCGAUCUGGAGGGGAAAGCCACCAAACUGCUGGAGAAAGCCCGCGCCGCCUGCCAAGCCGCCGAGGCCACCAGGCAGCAGAUCCUGGAGAAGGAGCUGAAGAAGCAGCCGCCCCCGCGCCCCACGGCCCCCAAACCCGCCCUGCCCAGGAAAGAGCUGGACGCCGGAGCGCUGGACGCCGCUGACCUGGCAGCGCUGCCGGAGCUGCCGGAGGAGCUGCGGAGCCUCCCCCCCGACGUGCUGGCCGGUCACCUGGGCCACCUGCCCCCCGCCGCGCUGCCCCCCACACUGCGGCCCCCACUGCAGCCCCUUGCCCGCUUCCCGGGGCCCCCGCUGCCCCCCGGCCACUACCGGCUACCGGCGGUGCCCACCGCGGCACCAGGACCCUUCACCGCUGGCGGGGGGACCCCGGGGCUGCUGCUGCCGCCCUCUGCCCACCAGGCUGCUGGGGGGGCUCCUGGUGCAGCCCCGGCCGCUGCUGCACCCCAGCUCUUCCCGGCCCCCCCGCUGAUGCGAGGCGUGGUCCCAGUACAGCCCAGUACGGUCCCAGUGCAGCCUGGCAUGGUCACGGUACAGCCCGGCGUGGUCCCAGUACAGCCCAGUACGGUGCCGGUGCAGCCUGGUGCAGUUUCCGUGCAUCCCAGUAUGGGACCAGUGCAGCCCAGUACAGUCCCGGUGCAGCCCAGUAUGGGACCAGCACAGCCCAGCACAGUCCCAGUACAGCCUGGCACAGUCCCAGUGCAUCCCAGUACAGUCCCAGUGCAGCCGUAUAUGGGCCCCCAUGUGCCCCCCCCUCGCUCAUCCCCCCAGCACAUUCCCCCUCCGGGCUCAGCCCCCUCCUACGCCCUGGGCCAGCCGGGGAUGCCCCCCCCUGCCCCCCUGCGCCCCCCUGCCCUGGGGGCAGCCCCCAUGGGUGUCCCUGAGCCCCCCCCGGGCCCCCGUCCGGCCACCACCACGGUGGACAGUGUCCAGGCCCCCAUCCCCAGCUGCAACCCGCACCCCCCGCCUCCUGCCCCCUUCCUGCCCCCCCAGCGCCCGGGGGCCCCCCCGGCCCCCUUCCCCUACGCCCCAGGGGGGCUGCAGCCUUUCGGGCAGCCGGGGCCAGCACCCUUUCCCCCCGGGCAGCACCCCCACACUUUUGUUCCCCCUGCGCAGCUGCAGCCCAUGGAGAUGCCCCCCCGGCCCCAGGGGCAGUUCCCCCCAGGCCCUUUCCUGGGGGGCAGAGCCCAAGUCCCCGCUGCUUUCCAGCCCCCAGCCCGGCCCCCGCUGCCCCCCCAGGCCCCUUUUGCCAGCAGCCCUCCCGGGGGGCAGCAGCCCCCAUUACCCCCCCAGAUGUACCCCCUCCCUGGGCAGGACAAACUGCCCUUCCCCAGGGCCCCCGGCCAGAGCGGGGCUCCCCCCCAGCCCCUCCACGCCCCGCUGGGGGGGCUGCAGCCGCUGCCCCCCAACUCCCCCGCUCUGCCCUUCUGCCCCAGCCCUGCCCCCCCCGGCACCAUGGCUAUGGGCCCCCCCGGGCCCCCCCCCGCCAGCCAGCCGGUCCCCACCACGUCCCCCCCCUCUGCCAGCCCCGGCCUGGUGGUCCAGGGUCCCCUGGUCCCCUCCCCGGCGCCCUCCCCGCAGCCCCCCCUGUCCAUGCAGCCCCCGCCGCUGGUCCCUGGUUCCACCGGCCUGUCCCAGCGUCCCCCCCCUUCGCUGACCCCUGCCCCGGCGCCCGGCGACGUCCCCUUCCAGCGCCAAAGCUCCUCCACCGAUGACCUCCUGUCCUCCAGCCCCGAGAGCCAGCACGGGGGCUGCAAGGCGGGCGGGGGGCAGCCCCCCCUGCAGCCCACCAAGGCGGACGCCCAGGAUGGGCAGAAGCCCCGGGCGGUGCAGCUGAUAGAGAACGACCCCUACGAGCAGCCCGAGCGGCUGCGGCGCCUGCUGGCGGAGCUGGAGCGGUUCCGCGCGCUGCUGGAGCGCCCGGGGGAGCUGGACGGCGUCUGGAAGGAGCUGCAGGACGCGCAGGAGCGUGACGCGCGCCAGCUCUCCAUCGCCAUCGCCCGCUGCUACUCCAUGAAGAACCGGCACCAGGACAUCAUGCCCUACGACAGGAACCGCGUGGUGCUGCGCUCGGGGAAGGACGAUUACAUCAACGCCAGCCGCGUGGAGGACCUGUCGCCCUACUGCCCCACCGUCAUCGCCACGCAGGCCCCGCUGCUGGGCACCGCCGCCGACUUCUGGCUCAUGAUCUACGAGCAGAAGGUCUCGGUCGUCGUCAUGUUGGUGUCAGAGCAGGAGCUGGACAAGCAGAAGGUGCUGCGGUACUUCCCCCCGGAGCGGGGCCAGCCCGUGGUGCAGGGGCCCAUCACCCUCAUCCUCACGGGGCUCAAGGUCACCCCCACGCACGUGGAGCGCAUGAUCACGCUGCAGUACCGCGACCAGAGCCUCAAGCGCACCGUGGUGCACCUGCAGUUCACCUCCUGGCCCGAGCUGGGCCUGCCUGACAGCAAGGGGAGCCUCCUGCGCUUCAUCCAGGAGGUGCACGGCCACUACCUGCACCAGCGCCCGCUGCACACCCCAGUCGUUGUGCACUGCAGCUCCGGGGUGGGUCGCACGGGCGCGUUCUGCCUGCUGUACGCGGCCGUGCAGGAGGUGGAGGCGGGGAACGGCAUCCCCGACCUGGCGCAGCUGGUGCAGCGGAUGCGGCGGCAGCGCAAGCACAUGCUGCAGGAGAAGCUGCACCUGAAGUUCUGCUACGAGGCCGUCCUGCUGCACGGGCACCGCCACGGCGUGGGCGUCCCCGCUGUCCCCAAGGCCACUAACAGUGCCUCCCCCAAGCAAUAUGUCCCUCAGGACCCCCAGGACCUGGUGCUGGGGGGGGAUGUCCCCAUCAGCUCCAUCCAGGCCACCAUCGCCAAGCUCAGCAUCAAGCCUGGGGGGGUCAGCGGGGAGCCGGGGGGGGUCUGGAUGCCCGAUCCUGCCCCCCCACCUGAUGCUGUGGACAUGGAGACGACACCGGCGCUUCCCGAUGGCGUGACGGAUGGAAUCGGUGUCCCCGAGCCCUCCCCGCCGCAGCCCCCUGUCCCCGAGCCUCCCGCUGACCCUGAGAGCAGCAACCACGUUGCGGAGACCCCCGAGGUGCCGGGGGGGGAACCGGUGCCCCCCCCCACUGCCCCCCUGUCCUCGCUGGAGCUGCUGGCGUCGCUGACGCCCGAGGCCUUCACGCUGGACGCGUCCCUCAAGGGCAAGCAGCGCAUGAACAAGCAGAACUUCCUGCAGGCGCAGCCGGGCGAGGGGCUGCGGGGCCCCCGGCCCAGCGACGACCCCCUCAGCAUGCUGGACCCCCUCUGGACGCUCAACAAGACGUGAGGCGGGGGGGGUGUCCCCCCCAGACCCAGCACUGCAGGUGCUGCCAUACCUGGUCACCCCGGUUUGGGAUGGGAGCGCUGGGUGGGGGGCACUGGUGGGGUAUGGGGGGCACUGGGGGGGCCCUGCCCUCCCCAGUCUCUCUGUUUGUACAGGUGUCACCACAUUCUUUGACUCCACUUAGAACUGAUUUUUUUUUCAGCUCUUUGCUACUAAAAUAAAGAGUUUGAUCUGCA